AUGGCUGAAUCGGUUGGAGGGGCGCUUCUCUCUGCUUUGCUUAAUCCAUUGGUGAACAAGUUAACUACAGAGGUCAAGGAUUUCUUCAAAGGAAAAGAUGCCAUCUUGAAGCUGUUGAAGGAGUUGAAAACUUUGCUGUCCUCUGCUGAUCUGUUGCUCAUUGAUGCCGAGGAGAAGCUCAUCAAAGACCCGAGGGUGAGAAAAUGGCUUGAUGAUCUCAAGGAUGCCAUUUAUGAUGCAGACGACUUGGUUUACAAGAUUGACACUGAAGCAUGGAGAAAUGAACUGGAAGAUGGUGGUCCUCAUGAAUCUCUUGGUGGCUGCACUUGUACUAGUAAGCUACUUCUAAAACUCAUCUCAUCAAUUCCUUUAAAUUCUUUCGAUAAGGCUAUAAAACCUGAGAUAGAAGAGACACUUGGGAAAUUGAAGCUUCUUCUAGACAAUAAAGAUCUUGGUUUGAAACGUAUAGAAAAACAAGAACAUCCAAAAAGAGUAUGUGCUCCUUCGGUGGAAGAACCUGAUGUUUAUGGAAGGGAUGAUGAUAAAGAAGCUAUUAUUAAGUUGCUCUUGUCGGAUGACACAAGUGCCGGUGAUAAAUUGUUAGUGAUCCCCAUAGUGGGGAUGGGCGGUAUUGGAAAGACUACUCUUGCUCAACUUGUAUACAAGGACAAAAGAGUUCACGAAACGUUCGAUACUAAAUUAUGGAUUACAGUGGGAGAUGAAAAAGUUGACUACAUGAAAGUGAUGAAACUAAUUGUGGAGAAGGUCACUUCUGAAAGAUGUGAAAUUCAAGAGCCAUAUGAUCUUCAAGAAGAAGCAAAGAAGGCUCUGAGUACGAAGAAGUUUCUCUUUGUUGUUGAUGAUGUUUGGGAUGAGGAUCCUUCCAAGUGGGAUGUCUUAAACAGUUGUUUCAAAUCAGGGUUGCAUGGAAGUAGGGUCAUUGUGACAACACGUAGCAAUAAGGUUGCAUCAAUUAUGGAAACUAAGUCAUCAACUUACUCCCUAAGCACUUUAUCUUUUGACAAAGGUUGGCAGUUGUUUGUUAGAUGUGCUACUAUAGAUGUCAACAUGCACAAGUACGCUGAUCUACAAGUAAUUGGUCGAAAAAUUGUUGAAAAGUGUAAUGGGCUUCCUUUAGCUAUUAAAUCACUUGGGAUUCUUUUACGUGGUAAACAAAAUAAGGAGGAUUGGGAUGACAUAUUAAACAAUGAUAUAUGGGGAUUGUACGAGAGUGAGAGUGUUGGUAUUCUUCCAGCUUUAUGGCUGAGCUAUUUUUAUUUACCUUCACAUUUGAAGUCUUGUUUCUCUUAUUGUGCUAUAUUUCCUAAAGAUUAUGGAUACAAAGAAGAAGAGAUGAUCUUAUUGUGGAUGGCUGAAGGUCUUUUACUUCCUAAGAAGGGAAUAAGAAUUGAAGAAAUCGGAAAGAAGUACUUCAAAGAUCUAAUCUCAAUGUCAUUUUUUCGACCAUCAUGGAAUGAGUGGGAGGAGCCAUGUUUUCUCAUGCAUGAUCUUAUUCAUGAUUUAGCAAUGUUUGUUUCUGGUGAGUUUUGUUUAAUGAUGAGUAAUAUAAGUAAUUGUUCUCACAAGGUUCGUCAUUUUUCGUACAUACAACAAUGGGCAAAAGCCGAUGACCCUAAGGAAUUUGAGGAGUUAUUUAAAGCUAAGUGCUUGCGCACCAUAUUGUGGGAACAUGAAUCUACGGAAGAUUUUCUGAAGUUGUUUAAGAUUGAGCACUUGAACAAGUCAUUCCCAAGCUUGAGAGUACUAUCCAUAUAUGAUGAUUGUUAUAUCACAAAGAUUCCAGAUUCAAUUGGCAAUUUGAAGUAUUUAAGAUGUUUGAAGUUACAUUGUUGCAGAAUUGAAGAGAUAACUAAUACAAUAUGUAAGUUGUAUAAUUUGGAGACACUAUUGUUGGAGGAAUGUAAAUAUGUUAUUAGACUACCAAUUGAUAUAGGAAAUUUAAUCAAGUUGCGACAUCUUAGUGUUCCUAAGAAUUCAUUACAAGAGAUGCCAUUGCAGUUGGGAAAGCUGCAAAACCUGCAAACACUUAAUGCAUUUGUUGUGGGAAGAAGUAGAGAUUGUGGUGGCAUUAAGUUGUUGAAAGAGUUUCAAAAUCUGCACGGGAGUCUUUUUAUUGGAGGACUACAAAAUGUGAGUAGCCUUGAGGAAGUUUCAGAUGUAUCAUUAAAAAGUAAGAAGUUUCUUAGUCAGCUAUCUUUGGUAUGGUAUUAUCACUAUGAACCUGAAUUUGAUGAGUUGUAUAAAGAAAGAGAGCUACUCAGUGCCCUCCAGCCUCAUCCAAACCUGAAGGAACAACUGCCAUGUCUCAAAGACCUUGUUAUUAUGCAUGUUAAUGGUUUGGUGAGAAUAGAUUCAGAGUUUUAUUACUCUACUAGUCUUGAUUCUUCUUCUUCUUCUGUUGUAAUACAAUCAAAGUCAUUCUGUAGGUCUUUGGAGACCUUGAAAUUUUACUUUAUGCCUGAAUUCGAAGAAUGGUCAUUUAUUGAAGGUGGAGUUUUUCCUCGGCUUAAGAAUCUUCAUAUUGAAGGUUGUGAGAGACUCAAAGUGACAUUGUUAGGAGAUUAUUUUCCUUCAUUGACAAACCUUUCAAUAUAUAGCAGUGAGGUACUAUUACCAUUAUUACUCCCAAGACCGCAACUCAUGCAGGCCCCUUUGAUCAGUUUAAAGAAGAUUACAUUUGGCAGAUGUAAAAAGUUGAUGCACUUUGAUGAAGUGGCCUUUCAGCACCUCACCUCCCUUGAGAUGUUGGAUAUUUAUUCUUGUGAUGUUCUCCAAUGCUUGCCCAAAGAACUACCCACUUCUCUUACUGAUCUUCACAUCAGUUGUUGUCCAUUGCUAAGACCAAGAGUCCAAAGGGAGACAGGGGAGGACUGGCCAAUUAUUGCUCGCAUCCCAAAUAUCAUUCUCGAUCGCAAGAAAAUAUAG